AUGGCUUCUCUCCUUGCCAAGCUCUUCCGCCGGAAGAAGCAACCCCCCAUGGUCUGCGCCGUCGCUCUCGACGACCAUGGCCAUCCCAUUGGCGAGGACCCCAAUCACAAGCACACGGCCGCUUGCUUCGUCGACUUUGAACCCCUCUCCCUCAUUGAACUCUUUCAAUCCCAAGGCUGCCAAUCCUGCCCAGCCGCUGUCCCUGAUAUUCUCGACGCGACAAAGGACCCCAACCUUCUUCUUCUUACCUACAACGUCACGCUGUUUGACCACACUGGCUGGAAAGACACCUUUGCAAACAACACCUCAGACCAGCGUCAGAGAGCUUACGCUAUGAAGUGGCAACGCAAGAGUAUCUUUACUCCUCAGAUCGUCAUCAAUGGCGUGGCCGAUGGCUCUUCCGCCGGAGAUGUCCAACAGCUUGUUCAACAGGCCAGGACUGCUCGGGCAGGAAUGGGAUGGAACAUUUAUCUUGACGCCAACGACACUGAUGUCAGAAUUGAUUCAACUGCCGAAACGGUGGAUAGACAUGACAUUCUUGUCAUCCUUUACCGAGCCAGUGAUGAAAAGGUCAAGAUUGGGAAGGGUCCCAACAAGGGCAAGAAGCUCAACCACCGCAAUGCAGUGACGAAUGUCAUGAAGAUUGGAGAGUGGACCGGAGGAAAUCUAACGAUUCCGCUGCCUGCUUCUAGGGACUCAAUGAAGCCGGGUGAGGAAGCUGUUGUUGUUCUUCAAGAGGGCGGUGCUGGAGGUGCCAUCGUGGCUGUUGCCAAAGUCUAG